GCGAGGCGGGGCUGCUGCCUUUGUUGGCCUUUUGUGCUUCCAAAGUGGAUUUUCCUGCCAUCAGCGUUUAUGAAAUCUCCGUCGUGCAUUAAAGACGACUAAGCGGGAUUACCCAGUCCGCUCGCUCGCUCGCUCGCUCGCUCGCUCGCUCAACCGCCCGCCCGGUCAGCGCGCACGCAGGCGAUGCGGCUUUUGACAGCGGCGCCCUGAACGGCGAGAGGCGACCAAGCCUAGGGACGCCGUCGUCACGACGCGACCAUGGACGGCAGAGGCAGACGAGGAACCGACGGCUCCUUCAAGCGCUCGUCCGUGAAACGCAGCGCCUCGUCCGGAUCGCAGAGAGUGCAAAGAGCUUGGAUCGAGAAAAUCUUCCAGAAGCGAGAAUGCGUGCACAUCGUUCCAGGAAAAGAUAGCAGCAGGUGCGGCUGCGGCCAGGCGGUGACGCAGCACUCGCUGGGCGGGCGCGAGGAAGAGGCGGCGGAGGGCGGCGGGCCGCCAUUGGAGCUCCGAGCGCCGGAGCGCUGGAGUCCGCUCAAACACACCCGGGCCGCCCCCACCGACGCGUACGGCGUGCUUGAGUUCCAGGAGGGAGGACACGUCAACAAGGCCAUGUACAUCCGCGUGUCGUUCGACUCCAAGCCCGAGUGCCUGCUGCAGCUAAUGGUGAAGGAGUGGUCGCUGGAGCUGCCCACGCUGCUCAUCUCGGUCCACGGCGGCCUGCAGAACUUCGAGGUGCCCCCCAAGCUGCGGCAGGUCUUCGGACGAGGCCUCAUCAAAGCCGCCGUCACCACUGGGGCCUGGAUCUUCACCGGAGGCGUCAGCACUGGCGUGAUCCGCCACGUGGGCGACGCCCUGAAGGAUCACUCGUCCAAGUCUCGGGGCAAAGUGUGCGCCGUGGGCAUCGCGCCGUGGGGCAUCGUGGACAACAAGGACGAUCUCCUGGGCAGAGACGUGUCGCGUCCAUGCGGGACGCUGGGCAACCCGCUGAGCAAGCUGGCCACGCUCAACGCCAGCCACUCGCACUUCAUCCUGGCCGACGACGGCACCGCCGGCAAGUACGGCGCCGAGGUGCGACUCCGCCGCCAGCUGGAGAAGCACGUGGCGCUACAGAAGAUCAACACGCGUUUGGGUCAAGGCGUCCCCGUGGUGUGCCUGAUCCUGGAGGGCGGGCCUAACAUCAUCUCGGUGGUCCUGGACAGCUUGCGGGAGGACCCGCCCGUCCCCGUGGUGGUGUGCGAUGGCAGCGGGCGAGCCUCCGACAUCAUCUCCUUUGCCCACAGAUACUGCCACCCCGACGGGUCGCUGAGCGAGGGCGUGAAGGAGCAGCUGCUGGUCACCAUUCAGAAGACGUUCAACUACGGCCGCAGCCAAGCGCAGCAGAUCUUCCUCAUGGUCAUGGAGUGCAUGAAGAAGAAAGCUCUGAUCACCGUCUUCCGGAUGGGCGGCGAAGGCCAGCAGGACAUCGAGAUGUCCAUCCUCACGGCGCUUCUCAAAGGCACAAACGCCUCGGCGUGCGACCAGUUGAGCUUGGCCUUGGCGUGGAAUCGCGUGGACAUCGCCCGCAGUCAGAUCUUCGUGCACGGACACCACUGGCCCCCGGUGACCUCCAGCGAGCGUCCCAAAAGCCCGGCGGCUGUGGCGGCUGUGGCGGCUGUGGCGGCUGUGGCGGCGACCCAGCGCGCCGCUGCCGCCAAAGGGAAGGCGCGAGGGAAGAAAGGAAAAGCGGGGAAAGCCAAAGCGGAAGCCCCGGAGGAGACGGACCCCCGGAAGCUAGAGCUGCUCAGCUGGGUCAACUCCCUGGAGCAGGCCAUGAUGGACGCCUUGGUGUUGGACCGCGUCGACUUUGUCAAACUUCUGAUCGAGAACGGCGUCAACAUUCAUCGCUUCCUCACCAUCCCCCGCCUGGAGGAGCUCUACAACACGAAGCUGGGACCCGCCAACACGCUGCACUUUGUGGUCCGAGACGUCAAGAAGGGGAACCUCCCUCCAGACUACCAGAUCACCCUGAUCGACAUCGGAUUGGUUCUGGAGUUCCUGAUGGGCGGAGCUUAUCGCUGCAACUACACUCGCAAGAACUUCAGGGCGCUCUACAACAACUUGUACGGCCUCAAGAGGCCCAAAGCCUUGAAGCUGCUGGGCAUGGAGGAUGACGAGCCUCGUCCCAAGGGCAAGAAGGUCAACAACAAGAAGAAGGAGGAGGAGGUGGACAUGGACGCGGACGACCCCGAGCUGAGCCGCUUCCAAUACCCCUUCCACGAGCUGAUGGUGUGGGCCGUGCUGAUGAAGCGCCAGAAGAUGGCGCUCUUCCUGUGGCAGCGCGGAGAGGAGGCCAUGGCCAAAGCCCUGGUGGCCUGCAAGCUCUACAAGGCCAUGGCCCACGAGUCGUCCCAGAGCGAGCUGGUGGACGACAUCUACCAGGACCUGGAGAACAACUCCAAGGACUUUGGGCAGCUGGCCUACGAGCUUCUGGACCAGUCGUACAAACGCGACGAGCAGGUGGCCAUGAAGCUGCUGACCUACGAGCUGAAGAACUGGAGCAACUCCACCUGCCUGAAGCUGGCCGUGGCCGCCAAACAUCGAGACUUCAUUGCGCACACGUGCAGCCAGAUGCUGCUGACCGACAUGUGGAUGGGAUGUCUGCGCGUGGGCAAGAGCAACAGCCUCAAGGUGAUUUUGGGAAUCGUCUUCCCUCCCGCCAUCCUCCUGCUGGACUUUGGCCUGGGCGACGAGUCUUCCUUCCACUCGUGCAAGGAGAGCGAGGGCGUCGCGAGCAAAGACGACGACAGCAAGUCGGGCAAAAUGGCCGCCGCCGCAUCCACCCCGGACGCCGCCGUGUCCAAGAAAGGAGACGAGGAGGACGGCCGGAAGAAAGGCGGCAGAAGGAUUCCCAUCGGCAGGAAGAUUUACGAGUUCUACAACGCCCCUUUCACCAAGUUCUGGUUCAACACGAUCUCGUACCUGGUCUACCUGAUGUUGUACAACUACAUCAUCCUGGUCAAGAUGGAGCGCUGGCCCUCCCUCCAGGAGUGGAUCGUCAUCUCCUACAUCAUCACGCUCGGCCUGGAGAAGGUCCGCCAGAUCUUGAUGUCGGAGCCGGGCAAGCUGAAGCAGAAGAUCAACGUGUGGCUGGAGGACUACUGGAACCUGACGGACCUGGCGGCCAUCUGGGUCUUUGUGCUGGGCCUGCUGCUGCGGCUGCACAAUGAGCCCUACAUGUGCUACGGCCGCGUCAUCUACUGCGUGGACAUCAUCUUCUGGUACAUCCGCGUGCUGGACAUCUUUGGCGUCAACAAGUACCUGGGGCCCUACGUCAUGAUGAUUGGCAAGAUGAUGAUCGACAUGCUGUACUUCGUGGUGAUCAUGCUGGUGGUCCUGAUGAGCUUCGGCGUGGCCCGCCAAGCCAUCCUGCACCCGGACGAGGAGCCCACCUGGCGCCUGGCGCGCAACAUCUUCUACAUGCCCUACUGGAUGAUCUACGGCGAGGUGUUUGCCGACUCCAUAGACCGUAAGACUAGAAUUCAUAUUUACGCCAUGGAGAUCAACCCUCCGUGCGGGAACAACUUGUACGACGAGGACGGCAAGAAGCUUCCUCCGUGUAUUCCCGGCGCCUGGCUGACGCCGGCCAUCAUGGCCUGCUACCUGCUGGUGGCCAACAUCCUGCUGGUCAACCUUCUCAUCGCUGUCUUCAACAACACGUUCUUCGAGGUCAAGUCCAUCUCUAACCAGGUGUGGAAGUUCCAGCGCUACCAGCUGAUCAUGACCUUCCACGACCGGCCCAUCCUGCCCCCGCCCCUCAUCGUUUUCCCUCACGUCUUCAUCGUCCUCAAGCGGCUCUGCUGCCGAUGCCUCCGCCGUCGGCCGCCGCGACGCGACGCCGACCGGGACGACACCCAGAGACGCCUCCAGCUUCUGCUGGGCGCAGACGAGUUGAAGAGUCUCCACGAGUUUGAGGAGCAAUGCGUGGACGAAUACUUCCGAGAAAAGGACGACGAGAAGCAGUCGUCCAACGACGAGAGGAUCCGAGUCACUUCGGAGAGAGUGGAGAACAUGUCCAUGCGCCUGGAGGAGGUGAACGAGCGCGAGCACGCCAUGAAGGCGUGCCUGCAGACGGUGGACCUGCGCCUGGCCCAGUUGGAAGAGUUCUCGGCCCGCAUGAUGACCGCCGUGGAGAAGCUGGCGGGCGUGGAGCCUGACCGCCGCGGGGGAAGCGUCCCGGGCUCCUCGGCUGGCGACGCGUCCCCCCGCCGCCGUUGCGGCAGCUUCGGCAGCGCGGACGACGGCAGCCUCUACCGGCUGGAGCACGACCCCGCGAGUCCCGAGAGACGAGUCGGCGCUCCGAGCCCAGGGCCUUUGUCCGACGUGGACAUCCUGGUUUCGCCGUGCGAGGGCGCCCACGGCGAGGAAGCGGACGACGACAGGAAGUUCCCGGCGCUGCGCUCCAAAAGUCUCAACAUCAACAGCGGCAAGAAGCCCCUGUCGCCACGCACGGCUGACACGCCGCGCCCUGCCACCAGCCUGGUUGACCUUGUCCACGUGGGCGCUCCCCUGAGCUAAAAAAAAAUAAUAUAUAUAUAUAUAUAUAUUUACUUUUUUGUAUUAUGACUUUAUGUAUUUGGAGACCUAUACAUGGCUGUCUUCCUGUUUUCACUGACGAGCAUUUUUGCAAGUUGUUCUUUCUCUCAGGACUCAGAAUCAUUUAAAAGGGAAAAAACACCGUGCUUUCUACAAAUUGGAGGCCCCAAGUAACAAAAGCACCUAGACACCCUCAACGACUUGUCAGACCAACAUAUCCUGCUUGCUCCGCACUUUUGUCCCCCCCCCCCCCCCCAAUCGAGCCAAACGCGAGAUAAACUCUUAAUUCUUUGAAUGUCAUUUUGAACUUAUGAUCGAAGAGUAGCUAUUUUUGUGAAUGGAGUCUUAGUAUUGCGGUCUUUGUCAGUCUUGACAUUAAAAAGCUG